UUAAUAUUAUAUAUUGUAACGUGUUAAAUAAUAUAUAAUGGGUGAAAAUAAGGUUAAAAGGAGUAAAGGUGGGAUUUAUUUAAAUUUAAAGGGGAAGAAGGCUAAAAAAAGUAACGGUAAAAUCGCAACGUCGAAGUUGAAGAAUCAAGCAGAUUCUUUUAAAAAUAACAAGAAAAGAAAGUUUGUAAAAUUAAAUAAAAAUGAAAAGAAUAAAAUACAAAAUAUAAAUGGUACCAACGAGAAGGAAAAUGAUAAAGAAUUAAAUAAAAAUAAAUUUAAUAAUAAAUUAGUUGAAGGAAGUCAAGCUGAAGAUAGUAAAACUUCUAAGAGUACUGAGAACGUAGAUUUAAAUAAGGAAAAUCUGUAUGAUCCCAAAGAUUCAGCGCUUGUGUUUAUCGGAAACGUACCUUUAACCAUUAAAACCAAGUCGGAUCUCGUAAAAAAACUGCAAAUUGACCCGAAAAUUAUACAAUCGGUACAUUUUAGAUCACUGCCAAUUCAUCCAAAAUAUGCCCGAAAUAAAAAAGUUGCAGUUAUUAAACAGAAAUUCUCUGAUGCUAAGGAUAACCAAAAUGCAUACGUUAAGCUGUCAGACCCAAAGUAUUUAAAUGAGUUGCUUGAAAAAAAUACGUUGGAAGUUGAUGGUCAUCACCUCUUUAUAAAUACCAGUGACAAGGACUCAUUUAGUAAGUUCAGUAGGAAGAAAACAGUGUUUGUGGGAAGACUACCGCCAACCGCAAACGAGGACGACUUGUAUAAUAUUUUCAUGAAUAUAAGCCCCGUUAAAGCCGUGAGAAUAGUGAGAGAUCCUGUCACAAUGAAGUCUAAGGGAUUUGGGUUCGUGGCAUUUGAUAAUAGGCCAGCAGUAGUUGAAGCAAUAAGAGAACUUAAUAAUACAGAAUUCAAGGGAUACACACUAAAUGUUACAAAAUGUUUAGAAGAAAUUCAACUAAAAGAUAAACCAAAGUUUAAAAAUAAGAACAAGUUUAAUAGAGGUAAUAAAGGGUCUAAAAAUAAAGAUAAUAAGGUGUCUAAGGCUAUUAAAAAGGUUAAUAAAUCCAUAUCUAAAUGAGGAAAAUGAUCGAAUUUUAAUUUUCUUACCUGAGAAAUUUAAUUUUAUUCACUUU